AUGGUUCUUAAAUUUACUUCGAAUGUUGUUGAUCCUCCGGCCUUGCUUUACAUGGGACGAGAUAAACAUGAAAACGAGAAAUUGAUCAGGUAUAAUAAGCGUAUUCAUCGAAUUUUUAUAUUUAAGGUGGGGAUGGCCUGAAGAUGUAUGGUUUCACGUGGACAAAUAUUCAUCGGCUCACGUAUAUCUCAGGAUGCCUCCUGGAAUGUCGUUUGAAACUAUUCCAGAAGCCUUAAUUACUGAUUGCUGCCAACUUGUAAAGGCAAACUCAAUUGAAGUUAGUUUCUCUUCGUAAUUUUAAUUCCUUUUUGAGUUUAGGGAUGCAAGCUGAACAACAUUGACAUUGUUUAUACUUUGUGGUCUAACCUCAAGAAGACGGGAGACAUGGCUGUAGGACAGAUUGGAUUCCACAGUGAUAAAGCUGUGAAGAAGGUACGUAAAUACAGUAAUAGAUGUAUAUAAUAUGAUGUUAGAUACGAAUCGAUACUAAAGUCAACUUGAUUGUGAAUCGACUAAACAAAACUCAAGUUGUGGAUGAUAAUUAUGAUUAUCAAGCCGAGAGGGAAGAAAGAGAUCGGAAAGAAAGACUAAAGGAAGUAAGGAAAUACUUUUACUUUUGAUCUGUGUUUAGAGAGAAGCAGCCAGGAUCCGUCAAAAAGCGGAAUUAGAGGAAAGGGAAAGGCUACAAAAGGAGAAAGAAUCAAAGAGUUAUGAACGGGUAUUCGAUGAGAAGAAGAUGAUGACCAACAAACAAAAGGCCGCGUUGAAGGCGGCUACUGGCGGAGAUGAAAGUUCGGACGAUGACUUCUUCUGA